AAAUUGUGCUUGCAACUCUCUCCAAAAAUAAAGGCAAGAGGCAAGUAGGACUAAAAACGUUUCAUUCAACAACAUUCCACUUAUUAAAAAAUAAUUUAAAAAUAUUAAAUUAUAAUUUUUUUGGGGUGGGUUUUGUACUUUACUGUAUCUUUUUUAUGAUUUAUUUCUGACAAACAGGUGAGGACAUUGAGCCACUGGUCUUUAAUUUCAGUAUCUGCAGCCACUCCAUUAAUGUGGACAUGAAAGAGAAAGAGAAGAAACAGAGGGGCGAAUGUCAGCACCAUGGACAGCUCCAUCCUGCAGCCCCUGUGUCUCUCUACCAGCUGAGGGGUGGAGGCAGACGGCUGUUCUGUAGCGAGAAAGAGAGGAACAAAGCGAGUUUAAAAUGAGCCGGAGAGUGAGUCUCGAUCAGCUGCAGCAGGCUUGAAUCUUCAGAAUGCCCAUGGAGCAUGAUGUGGAAAGUCCAGCCAUCAUCAGACAGCCCAAGUUGCCAAAGCAGGCCCGCGAGGACCUGCCUAAACAGCUGGCAGAAAUGGACAGGUCCAAGAAGAUCCAGAGGUAUGUCCAGAAAGACGGCAAGUGCAACGUCCAUCACGGGAACGUUCGGGAGACGUACCGUUACCUGACAGACAUAUUCACCACACUGGUGGACCUCAAGUGGAGGUUCAACCUCUUCAUCUUCGUGCUGGUCUACACGGUCACAUGGCUGUUCUUCGGCUUCAUGUGGUGGCUCAUCGCCUACCUCCGAGGUGAUCUGGACCAUUUGGCAGACAAUCAGUGGACUCCGUGUGUUAACAACCUCAACGGGUUCGUAUCAGCGUUUCUGUUCUCCAUUGAGACGGAGACCACCAUUGGUUAUGGAUAUAGAGUCAUCACGGACAAAUGCCCUGAGGGAAUACUUCUACUUUUGAUCCAGUCGGUGCUGGGAUCUAUAGUAAACGCCUUCAUGGUGGGGUGCAUGUUUGUUAAGAUCUCGCAGCCGAAGAAGCGAGCUGAGACACUAGUGUUUUCCACUAACGCUGUCAUCUCCAUGAGAGACGGACGAUUGUGCCUGAUGUUCCGGGUGGGAGAUCUUCGGAACUCGCACAUCGUCGAGGCGUCAAUCAGGGCCAAGCUCAUCAAGUCUAAGCAGACCAAGGAAGGGGAGUUCAUCCCUUUAAACCAGACGGACAUAAAUGUGGGCUACAACACAGGAGAUGACAGACUUUUCCUGGUGUCGCCGCUCAUCAUCUGCCAUGAGAUAAAUCAGCACAGCCCCUUCUGGGACAUUUCACAAGCUUACCUGGCCAAGGAGGAGCUGGAAAUUGUUGUGAUACUGGAGGGAAUGGUGGAAGCCACAGGAAUGACCUGCCAGGCGAGGAGUUCAUAUGUCAGCAGUGAGAUCAAGUGGGGCUACCGCUUCACACCAGUCCUGACUCUGGAGGAUGGCUUCUAUGAGGUCGACUACAACAGCUUCCACGACAUCUACGAAACCGACACGCCGACCUGCAGUGCCAAAGAGCUUGCUGAUAUGACGAACCGUGCACGCUUGCCCCUGACCUGGUCUCUGGCCAGUAAGCUGAGUCAGCAAGGACUGCCAGAGUCUGAGCAGGAGGGUCAGGAGACCAAGAGCAACCCAGACAAACAGGUAAAGACCCAGCAGACUGAAAGAAAUGGGGACAUUGCCAAUAUUGAAAAUGAGUCCAAAGUUUAGGUAAGUUAAGGAUCCAUGGGGGGGGGGGUACUACUGUAGCCCUCUCAGGCUUACAGCAGAGCACAGAGGAGAGUGCAAGUUACAAGAUCCAGUGAGAAGCACAGACCUGCAAGAACCACUUCAUCUCAGUGACGCACUGACCCCUAAAACAACAAGAAAACAAGAAGACAUGUGGACCACCGCUGAACUGGAAAGCGUCUGUGGCAAGUGCAUGAUUCAAAAACGAUGAUGCGAUGUCCUCCUGAUGAGAUUCCUAUUAUUUUUUCUAUUAAAAAUAUUCCUAGGGGCAUUUGCAUAAGUAUUUUUGUACAUACUAUCUAUUGUUUUCAAUUUUUUUGUUUUGUUUUGUGGGAAUAUUGGAUAAACGUUUGAUACUGAUUCCUUUAGGUUAGUACAGUAUAUAUUCUAUGCCUUACUGUAUGUAAAAAAACACUUUUUUUCAGAAUUAUAUAAGCAUGUAGAAACUUUAUCAGUUAAUUUAUCUUGUAUUAUGUACAUACUGUAUGAUGACAAUGUUAACAGAAGAAACUGACAUCACCAUGGAUGCAAACUCUAGUUUAGACCAAUGACUAAAUUCCUCCCCAUUCCUGGAAAAGCCAUGAAUUGCUGUUUGCAGCGCAAUGGCAUUACACAAUGGCCCUUUAAAACUACAUAAGUCACUUUUGCACAAUAGAGACCUCUAGUGGAGAGGACUUGUCCCUACACCAGUCUCGGUAAAUCUUGCGCGGCAUCAAAAUAACGAACACAAAUAAACAGUAAAUU